AAUGAAGAAGAGAGAGAGUGGAUCGAGCUGAGCUCAAGAAUGGUGGUGGUGCAAUCUCUUCUUCCACGGAUCCUUCACCUCCCCAUCCUCCCCAGACCCACCAACGCUCUCUUCUUCCUCCGCCUCUCAAACCCCAAACCCGCCUUGAACCCUUCUUCACGGCCCUUCUCCACCCUCCUCAGGUCCACCCUCGUCGCCCCUCCAUCUCUGGACGAAGACGCCGACGACCCCCUCCUCGCCGCCGCCGUCCCUCACAUCCCCGCCGACCGCCUCUUCGUCCCGCCGGAGACCGACUUCCCUGCCGGCGACGGCGACGCCACGUCCCUGAGCGCCAGGGUCUUGAAGGGCUCGAACAUCGUGCUGAGCAAGUACGCGAGGGACGCGCAGGUGGUGCAGGCCGAGUUCGUCAAGAGCAGCGUGAGGACGGAGGACUGCCCCUCCGACGGGCUGCCCGAGUUUGCGCUCGUCGGGAGGUCCAACGUUGGGAAGUCGUCGUUGCUCAACUCGCUUGUCCGGAGGAAGCGGCUGGCUCUCAUUUCGAAGAAGCCCGGGAAGACACAGUGCAUUAAUCAUUUCCGGAUCAAUGAUAGCUGGUAUUUGGUGGAUUUGCCGGGAUAUGGGUAUGCUUCUGCACCUCAAGAACUGAGAACAGAUUGGGACAAAUUUACCAAAAACUAUUUCCUAAAUCGCUCCACAUUAGUCGGAGUUUUCCUUCUCAUAGAUGCCAGCAUUCCUGUGAAGAAAAUUGACCUUGAAUAUGCCAGCUGGUUGGGUCAAAAUCAGGUACCUAUGACACUAGUCUUCACCAAAUGCGAUAAGAGGAAGAAGAAAAAGAAUGGAGGGAAGAGACCUGAGGAAAAUGUUCAGGAUUUCCAGGAGUUGAUACGAGGUUUCUUUGAAACAGCUCCUCCAUGGAUUAUGACCAGCAGCGUUACAAAUCUGGGUCGAGAUGAGGUAUUGCUGCACAUGGCACAGCUGCGGAACUAUUGGCUAAAGCACUAAUCAAGCAAACAUAGCGCCUUUUCCCCCUCAUCUCACACCGUUUACGUUAUUACCGAUUCAAUCAAUGAUCCCCAAGUUAGGAAAGACUCUGCAUUGCAGCCUGUUGGAGAGGGAAAUCCAGAUCCUGAUACAUAUUAAACGCUGAAAGUACACUUUGCUUAGAGGGGCCUUGUUGGAUGCGAAUCUCUUUUUAACUUUUAUAAUAAUCUGUAAAAUGGUCAGAUUGUUAUGUAUAACUCUUGUAUAUAGUUCAAAGCUGUUGUUCUGUGCAAACUGCAACCUAAGGAAGCAAGGCAAAGGACUGAUGGUUAUGUUA